AUGGCAGCUGUGGUUGCGUUAUGGAUAGUUGCAGCAUCAGUUAUAAUGGCUCAAAUUUGGGCAGAGCCAACCACCAUACAAGAAGUACGUGUAGCUGGGAAAGUGUUGUGCCAAGAUUGCACUCGUCCCUGGAGCGAGUGGGUUAAAGGGACAAAACCUAUCAAAGGUGGCAUUGUAUCCAUAACAUGCAUGGACCAGAGGAGGAGAGUAGUGCACUAUGCGAGUGACGUGACCGACGAGUUGGGUGGAUUCGAGCUCAACAUAAGCUCAGAAGUUUGUGCGUAUAAGAGGCUGAACCCAAAACUUUGCAGGGCUCGAUUGGUGUCAUCCCCAGACUAUGAUUGCAACAUUUUGGCUAAUUUUGGAGGUGGACACACCGGUGUUGCUCUCUCAUGGCCCACUUCCAUUUUCCACAACUCUAUUGGAUACACACUUCAUCCAUUCUACUUCACCACCCAAACCUGUCAAAAACCACAACAAGAGGAAGAGGAUCGUGUCUAUCAAAACAACAACAACAAUGACCAUUACUAG